AUGGCCAAAGCUCCUUUGCUCAGAAAUUUCUACCUUGCUGCCCUGCAUCUGCUCUACCACCCCCAUUGUCUGGCUGUUGGGCCUGGUUCCCUGUACUGCUGCUGCCACUGUAGGUGGCCCCUUCUCUUGGAAUCUACUUGCAGCUGCUGCUUCUAUAUCCUCCAUGUGGGAACCUCAGCAAUCUGCUGCCUCCUGCUGCCAAGGACAGUAGUGGACAGGGUCUGGGCCAAGGCACAUGAGUUGAGUGGGAAGAUCCAGGUGCCCUCGGGAUUGUAUGCCCAUGUUUGGCCACUCUCACUGCCCAGUGUUCAGGGCUCUGGAGCUGUGUACCGCAUAUGUGCAGGAACUGCCACCUUCCACCUGCUGCAGGCCUUGCUGGUCCACCUCCAUUCCCCCACCAGCCUGCAAGCACAGCUGCACAACAGCUUCUGGCUCCUCAAGUUACUGUUCCUGCUAUGUCUCUGUGCUGUUGCCUUCUACAUCUCCGAUGAGCAUCUCUUCCCAGCCUGGCAUUACUUUGUCAUCUGUAGAGGCUUCACAUUCAUCCUGCUGCAGCUAGUGCUUAUCACAGCUUUUGCCCAUUCCCGGAACAAGAACUGGCAGACAGGUGCAGCUCAGGACUGCUGCUGGUUCCUAGCUGUGCUGCUGGCCACCCUAGGAUUCUAUAGCAUAAUAGGAGUGGCAGCUGUGCUCCUGUUCCGCCACUAAUUCCCAGUUGGCUGCCUACUUAACAAGAUGCUGCUUAGUCUGCACCUUUGUUUGUGUGGCUUCCUCUCCUUCCUAUCCAUCACUCCCUGCAUCCACCUCAGGCAACCCCGUUCUGGCCUCCUACAAGCCUCGAUCAUCAGCUUCUUUAUGACAUAUCUGACCUCCUCUGCACUAUCCAGCCAUCCUCCAUAGUGGUAAAGACAGGUAACCCUUCAAGGACAGAAUCAUACUCUGUGCUUGCCUGGCCUGAGUGAAAUGGAACCCCAAACACCAGAUACUUCUCUAGCAGUGUUGAGUGCUGGCAUCAUGUAUACCUGUGUGCUUUCUGCUUGCAAUGAGGCUUCCUACCUGGCCGAGGUUUUUGGGCCCUUGUGGAUUGUCAAGAUUUACAACUAUGAGUUCCAGAAACCCCCCAGAUGUCUCAGGAGCACUGCUCCCAGCAGCCCUUCCCUCUCUCCAGGGCAAAGGGGUAGGGCUGCUAGGCCAGUUGACCAAGAGACUUCAGCUCCUCUAGUACAAGCCCAGCAUCUCUCCUUCAGCUAUUCUGCCUUCCACUUCAUCAUCUUCCUUGUAUCACUCUGUGUUACAGUUACUCUUACCAACUGGUUCAGCUAUGAGGGAGAACUGGAGAAGACCUUCACCAAGGGUAGCUGGACUGCCUUCUGGGUCAAGGUUGCUUCAUGCUGGGCCUGUGUACUCCUUUACCCAUGUACACCACUCUGUUGGUCCCUCACCCAGGACCCCCAGCCUCCUACCUUCAGUCAACACCGCCAUCACAUCAGUAUGCCAGUUAAAAUAUCCAAUCUAGGAACUUUUAACAAACUGGGGUUGCUUUGA